UCCAUGUAACACAUUGGAUUAGUCAAUUGAAACUUAUUCUAAUAUAAAAAAAAGGUGUUCAUCAACACAAUCUAAUACUACUAUGCUACAAGAUAAAUACAAAAUAGAAUCAUAUUCUUGGCAAAAUAAACUCCAUAUACCAAAAUUCUAGAACUAAUCCAAUGUGUUACAUGCGGAUACUUUUUCAAAAUUUCGAUAAUAACACUUCAAACAAUAGCAAUUAACACCAAAACGAAAUUAAAAAUAGAAUUUUCUCAAUAUAACAAAAAAAUAAAAAAAAAAUAAUGUCACCAUAUUUUUUUGGUCCAAGUGCAUUAUAUCAAAUUCACCGACCGAAAUAUCAAAUAUGGACCGGAAUUUUAGACCUGCAGCACACAUUCCCCAGAACAACAGCAAAAAAUCUUGCAUGGCAACUAUUUUUAAUUCCAAUUUAUUUACAUAUUUUUUUCCCUAAUUCGUGACGCAAAAUGACGAAAAAUUUGCCAAAAAACCCAACUAGGUCGUUAGAAUCAUGGGCUGUCACGUCGUGGAUCCGACGUGGCAUCGCGAUCUGCCGUUGAGACGUCGACUAAAUCGAGGAAGCCGCACCGUCGGAUCUCCUUAACGUGAAACCGCGGCUUUUAGAGAGAGAGAGAGGCAGCACCACCUUCAUCAACCAAUCAUGGUGGUUUCUUCCUUCUCAAUUCCAUUUCCCAGUUCCACAACACCUAUAAAUACCCCCUUCCUCAACUCCAUUGCAACAUUCACUUCUUCCUCUUCUCUUACACGCUUACUUCACACCAAAAACACACCUCUCUUCAACCUAUCAUCAUCGUCUUCUUCACACAAUCGUAUUCUCGCUUACAGAGCUAGUGAGGAAUCAGCGAUGACUAUUAAACCAGCUGUCCGGAUCGCCGAGAGGAAGCUCGUGGUGAAGGACCGGACAAUCCUCGCCAACGUGCCGGAGAAUGUAAUCGCGACCUCCGGCGCGGCGGCGGGGCCGGUGGAGGGGGUGUUUUCAGGGGCGGCGUUCGACCAGGAGCGGUGCAGCCACGUCGUCUCCCUGGGAACCCUACGCGACGUCCGGUUCUUAGCUUGCUUCCGGUUCAAGCUGUGGUGGAUGGCUCAGAAAAUGGGGGACAAGGGGCGCGACAUCCCCUUAGAGACCCAAUUCCUCCUCCUCGAGACCAAAGAGGGCUCGCAUUUGGAGGCCGACGAGGACAACGACGACAACAAGAUCGUCUACACCGUCUUCCUGCCCUUAAUCGAAGGCCCCUUCAAGGCCUGCCUGCAAGGGAACGCCGCCGACGAGCUCGAAUUGUGCCUCGAGAGCGGCGACUUCGACACCGUCGGAUCCACUUUCACUCACUCCGUCUACAUCAGCUGCGGCACCGAUCCCUUCGCGGCGGUCCACGACGCCAUCAAGGCGGUCAAACUCCACCUCGGGACGUUCCGGUUGCGGCACGAGAAGAAGAUCCCCGGAAUCGUGGACUGCUUCGGGUGGUGCACGUGGGACGCCUUCUAUCAAGAGGUGACUCAGGAGGGUGUGGAGGCCGGCCUCGAGAGCCUCGAGGCUGGGGGCACCCCUCCCAAGUUCGUCAUCAUUGACGACGGAUGGCAGUCGGUGGGGUCGGACCAGAAAGAAAAUGAAAAAGAAGAAGAGAGCCAAGGGUUGCUGAGGCUGACUGGGAUCAAAGAGAAUGACAAAUUCAAGAAGAAGGAGGAUCCUUCAAUGGGGAUCAAGAACAUCGUCAACAUCGCAAAGGAGAAGCACGGCCUCAAAUAUGUGUAUGUGUGGCACGCCAUCACCGGGUACUGGGGCGGGGUGAGGCCCGGGGUUGAGGAGAUGGAGGACUACGGAUCGGCUAUGCAGUAUCCGAAGCUGUCCAAGGGGGUUCUUGAACACGAGCCCGGGUGGAAGACUGAUGCCAUUGCUUUGCAGGGAUUGGGAUUGGUGAACCCCAAGAAUGUGUACAAGUUCUACAAUGAGCUCCACAGCUACUUGGCUGCUGCGGGCAUAGACGGGGUCAAGGUCGACGUGCAGUGCAUCUUGGAGACGCUUGGCGCCGGCCUCGGAGGCAGGGUCGAGCUCACUAGGCAGUAUCAUCAUGCUCUUGAUGCCUCUGUUGCCAGGAACUUCCCUGAUAAUGGCUGCAUUGCCUGCAUGAGCCACAACCUCGAAUCUCUCUACUGCUCGAAGCAGACUGGUAUAGUGAGAGCAUCGGACGAUUUCUACCCGCGCGAUCCGGUGUCGCACACCAUUCACAUUGCGGCUGUGGCGUACAACAGUGUGUUCUUGGGAGAGAUAAUGCUGCCUGAUUGGGACAUGUUCCACUCUCUGCAUCCGGCAGCUGAGUACCAUGGUUCGGCGAGGGCGAUCAGCGGUGGACCUGUCUAUGUCAGCGAUGCACCGGGCAAGCACAACUUCGAGCUUCUUAGGAAGCUCGUCUUGCCCGAUGGCUCAAUCCUCCGCCCUCGCCUCCCCGGCCGCCCCACCAAGGAUUGCCUCUUCUCCGACCCUGCUCGUGAUGGUGUUAGCCUGCUAAAGAUAUGGAACAUGAACAAACACAGUGGGGUCCUAGGUGUGUACAACUGCCAAGGUGCGGCGUGGAACAGUGUUGAGAGGAAGAACACCUUCCACCAGACCAAAUCCGAGGCGAUCACCGGCUACGUCAGGGGCCGGGACGUCCACCUCAUCUCUGAUGUGGCGCCCGACUCCAACUGGGACGGCCACGUGGCCCUCUACUCCCACAGGGUCGGAGAGGUCAUCGUCCUCCCUUACAACGUGGCCAUGCCGGUCUCCCUCAAGGUCCUCGAGCACGAGGUGUACACCGUUACACCAAUCAAGAAGCUAGCACCGGGGUUCAGCUUCGCCCCGUUUGGCCUCAUUGACAUGUUUAAUGGCGGUGGAGCUAUAGAAGGGCUGGACUACGACGUGAAGUCCGGUGCAGGGCUCUCGGAUGUGGAGAAUGGAUAUCAAGUGGAAGGAAGCAAUGUGGUUGCAGAGAGGGCGGAGAACUUGAGCUCGGAAGCCGUUGCAGUCGUCUCCAUUGAAGCCAAGGGAUGUGGCCGGUUCGGUGCUUACUCUUCGACUAAGCCAAGAAAAUGCAAGGUGGGGGAUGAGAUCGUGGACUUCGAAUACGACUCAGCAUCAGGCCUCGUUACCUUGAACCUGCUCGAGAUGCCUCGAGAGGAUCAGAAGGUGCACAAGAUCGAGAUUGAGUUGUGAAAUUAUUGUAUGAUUUUGUAGCAAGAUUUUGAGCAUGAUUGAGGAACUACUAUGUAGCGAUGAAUCUCAUUGCAAGAUUCAUAGAGUUGUUCCAUUGGGGGGUUGGCAGAUUAGGCCUUAGAUGAGUAUGGAUGCUAUUAUGUGUUGUACUUGUUCACCCACCAUAUCCAUCGAGAAACCCCAGCAGCAUGUGAUUGUACCUUGAGUUCAUUCUCAUCACAGUACAACAAUGUAAAAGUGGAUGAUUCCACUGCAUCAGUUAUAAUGAAAUAGGAGUAUCUCAUUUUAAUAUGAUAA